AGCAAACGAAAAAAUGGUGAAGAGGUGCGUUUUAGGCUGUUGUACGCACAAAACCUUGUUCCCUUUCCCGAAAACACCUUGGCUGCGGGCCCGCUGGCUUGAGUUUUUGCAUUUUGAGGAAGGAGGAACAUCGGAGAGCUCGCGCUUGUGUGCUAGACAUUUUUCACCUGAAUGCUUCACAAAUUUAAAGCAGUACGAAAUGGGAUUUUCAGACUUUCUAUACCUGAUAGAUAUGGCCAUCCCGACAAUAUACACCGUUGGUCCCUCAACAAGUGUAAAGCCAUUGACACGAGAGGUGGGCUGCCAAUGUAAUGUACCACUUAUGAAGAAUGUUUCGGUCCAAGCAGUAGUCACCGAAAAGAAGCCAAAAAUACGAAGUAAAGCGAUUCAAGUGAGACCUCUCCUGAGACACUGCGCAAGCAUCUCCUGCUCUGAAGAGGAUUUCAGCGCAAGCCUUGAAGCUCCAUCCACAUUGAUGCCAGUAAAAAGACCACGAAUGCAAGAGAGCACUGUUAAGUCCACCGAAGGGCCAUCACAGUGCAAAGAGGAAAAAGUACAUCCUACUGACGUACCUGAUAUCAUUAAAGAGGAUGACAUAAAACUUGAGCCCUGUGAUUCUUCGUACAUCGUCAUCACCAUCUGAAUCCUCCAUCUCAUCAUCUGCAGAGAACAGGAUCUGAACAGCAAAGUAGAAAAAGAGAAAAUGAGAGCUCAACUAAGCCCACUUUUCCAAGGUGCCGGUUAUGUUGAUGACAUUUAUUACUACAAUUCUCACCGCAAGUGAAAUACUCCAUGCUUUGUUAUUUUACCAGUGCUAUUGCCAUGUAAAAUGGAUAACAUUCUCUAUCAGAUCUGACGCUUGGAAAAGAUGCAGAUGUGUCAGUGUGUUUCAGGUCGAAACCUAGAAGUGGCAUGUGGAUGGAAAUACUAAACUUGCACUUAUUGAGGAGUAUGUGUCUUUUUGUUGUAACUAUCCAUUUUUCAAAGCUUCCUGCUCAUAUGCCUUCCCUUGUCUAUCGACAGUGACACAGUUGAACAGCAAGCUAGUUUAAUCCUUGUAAAUUACAUACAAGUCAAUGCAAAGACACUUUUUGACACAAACUCGCGGCAGGCGAUGCGAAUGAUGCAAAUCGGUUGGCGCGAAUGCCGCGAACGCUUGUUAAUCUCGUCUUCCACAAAGGUUGAAAAUAUUUGUCAGAUUGUAUCACUUAUGAGAAGAUAAAGAACUUUUCCCACAAGUAAUAAAGAGCAUGGAACACGACUGUUCGCGUUUGGUGUGAACCCAGCAUAAAGGAUAUGCAUUUAUUUACCAGACGUUAUUGGUCAAACAAAAGCCAGUCAAUUAUUGAGAACACCCAAGCACAAACCCUCUAUUUGUUUAAGUAAUCUGUCUUCCCGUGUACCCAGAGGUAAUAACCGGAUUUGCUAAUGUUUUGUGUGCCGGAACAUACAGUAUAGAACUCUGUAAAAGGCACACCCGUUUCAUUCAAUGAUGAACUCACAGGCUUGCUGUAUUUACAGAUACUUAAAAAUCAAAAGUGUUGGGAAGGUUUAUAAAAACAGUGAGGAAACUCUUACAUUAAUCGAGAAAGAGUUUUUUCUGAGAAGGAUGUGUUUACAAAAAGGAUUCAAUAAUUGUUGUAUUAUAAUAGUUUUUUACAUUCCAAAUGUCAUAAUUUGUGUUACUGUGAUUAAUUAAAUGUAUGAGUUUUAUUCAACUUCCAAUAAAAAUGUGAAAUUUACAAGUCUAUUUUUUUAAAUAUGAUUUAGACUUGCAGUGUUACAGAGUAAAAAUCAUCUAAUAGCUGUCACAUCAAAUCAA